AUGUCUCUUUCCAUUGUUGACAAACACCAAAACAAUUCACAUCUGCAUCACUUUGUCGUGCAGACGCGAUCUUUCCAAAUUGAAAAGGCUCGCAAUGUGGAAAUGUACGAGAACUUGCGGAUUCACAUUGAGCGGCAAAAUGAAAAGAAGAAACAAGAGAUGGAAAUGAGUGAAGAGCUGAAGCGUGCUCGUAGGGAAAAGGAGCUCAAACAUAGACGGGACAAGUCAACUCUUAGUGAGGUGAAGGAGGAGAUCAUUAAGAGCCAGGCCAGACUGGAAGAUCUUAAAGCGGAAAAGCAUAGACUGUUUACUGAAUUUAAGAAGAUACUGGGCGAAGAUGAAAUUCGAAAAACAAAUCAGAGAAUUCGAGAAGCUGAAGCUCAAAAGAACUUGAACAUGACGUUUGGUCCGGUGACUAGCAAUACCGCUAACACCUCAAAUCAACGUCCACCGCACCAGACAGUUCCGUCAAGUCAUGCAGGACCUAUCAUGCCCAGUAGCUCUCAUAGUAAUGCGAACAUUCUGCCCAGCACCUUGCAUCACUUGCACCCCAUUCAGCCCAUGUUCUACUCGCAGCAACACGGCCAAGCGGCGGCAACAUCGGCAAACUCGCCUAACAUUUUGAGUGCAUCUUCCUCAAAUGCUUCCCGUGAACAGCAGUCUCGACAAGAGCAAUCGGCUCUUGGCCAUCAUCGGUUAAACGGCCGUAUUCCCACUCCAACUUCGUAUGCACCAACCUCGUUGAACUCACAAGGGCGACAACAACCUCAGAUCAUUAACCAGCGAUCUCAACAAGAGCCCCCGGUAUCGAUUUACUCUAACAACAAAGCUCCACACCAGUUACAUCCGGGAGCACCUCUAUCGUUAACUUCAAUGGCCUCUUCAGUGUCUUCAGCGGCAUCGAUAAUCCCGAUCCCGUCUUCUGGUGCAACUUCUUAUACAAGUGACCGUCAUCGAAUGUCGUACAAGCGCUCACACGAGCAAUCUUCAAUAUCAUCGGCUGGCCCUUCUAUCAACUUGCACCCACCAACUACUGCAGGCGGCGUCAUUUCAGGACAGUCAGGCAGUGACCGCCAGUCUUCCCACCAUCAACACUUUCUGCAUCACUCCAAUUUCAAGCACAACCUAGGACAGCAUUCUCAGCAACCACCUGCUAUGCAUCAGCUUCCACCUGGCGCUUUCCCCCAACUUGGAGGACACAAUUUGGAGCACUUGCAAGGUCUGCCCACUCUGUACCAGAGUUAUCUCUCACAGAGUUAUCAGGCAAACAACCCUCCAUACAUGAACAAUAUGGACCGAAAAUAA